AUGGUUCGGCGGCCUAGAGCUAGUCUAAUUGACUUGGGUUUUUCAGAUUCGCUGGAGGAGUAUCUGUCGGGCGUGGGGAGCAUGAAGAAGAAGCGGGAGUGGCGCGCCGACGAGGAGCUGUCCGAGGAGCUCGUGGAGGAACUCAACGAGGAACUCUCGAGCUCCGGGAUGAUGAAGCACAUGAGCCUGUACCACAAGUCGCCUUCCAAAGCCCCCGGCCACUUCCCGUGCCCCAAGUGCCUCAAGACCUACACCUACAAGAACAACCUCAUGCGGCACAUCCGCGUCGAGUGCGGCAAGGAGCCCAACCACUUCUGCCCGUUCUGCAUGUACAAGUGCAAGCACAAGGCCGACCUCCUCCGCCACGUCAGGAACAAGCACGAGGUCAACCUCGAGAAGGCCGAGGUCCAGAGCGCCAUCGCCCUCCAAUGA